GUUGUUAGUCGAGCUCCGAACAUGGCCAGGACAACGGGGGAUCCCGCCAAGCGUCAGAAAUGCAUUGCUCGCAUUAAGUUCUGGCGAAGAUCGCGAGUGGGCAGCGAUAUUACUCUGGGAAUCUUCAAGUAUAAAGUGGUCUCCAACCAAUCGCAACGCUUUCAGUUUUCCAAGAUAAACGCUUUCCUGCGUCGGGCCGUACGGGAUGAUUACAGAUACAGCGGUUCCUUCCAAGAGGCCAUCAAACCAGUACUCAUUAUUGCCCAGAUCUUUGCGCUGAUGCCUGUGCGUGGCAUAGGUUCAAAGUUGGCCGAAGACCUAACCUUCGCCUGGUCCAGUGCUCGCACAUAUUAUGCUUUGGCAAUGAUGAUAUCUUUUGGGGUUACCUCUGGAUAUAUCGUUGCCUUCAUGACGAAUAUUUCCUUCGACUUUGAUUCGGUGGAGACCAUGGUGUUCUAUGGAUCCAUAUUCCUCAUCUCGAUGUCUUUUCUGCAGCUCGCAACGAGAUGGCCAGCCAUUGCCCAGGAGUGGCAGGCAGUGGAGACCAAGCUGCCGCCGCUGCGACUGGGAAAGGAACGCCGAUCGCUGGCCCAUCACAUCAAGAUGAUUACGCUGGUGGCCACCACAUGCUCUCUGGUGGAGCACCUGCUGAGCAUGACAUCCACGAUGACCUAUUCAGUGGCUUGUCCGCACUGGCCCGGUCAUCCCGUUGACAACUUUCUGUACUUCAACUUCGCGACCGUGUUUCAUUUCGUAGACUACUCCACUUUCCUGGGUCUGUUAGGCAAGGUGAUAAAUGUGCUGAGCACUUUUGCCUGGAAUUUUAACGACAUCUUUGUGAUGGCCGUCAGUGUGGCACUGGCAUCACGUUUCCGGCAUCUCAACGAUUACAUGCAGCGCGAAGCAAGAUCGGCCACCACAGUGGACUACUGGAUGCAGUGCAGAGUCAAUUUCCGGAACCUUUGCAAACUCUGCCAAGUCGUAGAUGAUGGCAUCUCCACCAUAACUCUCCUCUGCUUCAGCAAUAAUUUGUAUUUCAUUUGUGGAAAGAUACUGAAGAGCAUGCAGACAAAGCCCUCUGCCUCGCACACCAUGUACUUCUGGUUCUCGCUCACGUAUUUGCUGGGCCGCACACUCGUUCUGUCGCUCUACAGCUCCAGCAUCAAUGACGAGUCCAAGCGACCGCUGCGCAUUUUUCGUAUGGUGCCCAGAGAGUAUUGGUGCGAUGAGCUCAAACGCUUUUCCGAGGAGGUGCAUAUGGACACGGUGGCAUUGACGGGCAUGAAGUUCUUUCGUCUGACGCGUGGCGUUGUCAUUUCGGUGGCAGGAACUAUCGUGACCUACGAGCUUAUUCUGCUACAGUUCAACAAGGAGGAAACGACGGCGUUUACCUGUGAAAAUGCCUAAUGUGGCAAG